AUGGCCAACCCUGUUCCUCCUUACCCAGAGAAAAAGAUUACCGAUGACUCGUCGAUGAUUGAUGGGAAGGAUGGAGUAGCAGAUCCCGAACCGGUAGCUGGCACCAUGGAUGACCUUAAGCUAGAGCAGAUGGGCUACGUGCCUCAGAUGAAACGAGAGUUUAGUCUGAUACAGUUGGUUGGUAGCGCAUAUACCCUGACAAACUCAUGGUUGGGAGUGGCUGGAGCAUUUACCACGGGGAUCACCGCAGCGGGCUCUGCUGGAAUCAUUUACGGUCUGAUUUUGAUGUUCGUCCUCAACCUCUUUGUAGGAAUUGCGUUGAGUGAAUUGAUCAGCGCAAUGCCCAAUUCGGGAGGGCAAUACUAUUGGGCAAUGAGACUGGCACCGCGCAAAUAUGCCCGGUCAUUUGCCUAUAUUACAGGUGUCUGCAAUUUAUUUGCCGCCUAUUGCAUCACAGCGAGUUCAUCAACCGCUGUCAGCAUGUUUGUCUUUGGAUGCGUUAAAAUGGCUGUACCGACCUUCGUACUUUCUCCGUGGCGUGUUUACCUUGGAGCUGUUGCCCUUAACAUUGUUGCCGGUGUGAUAAACAUAUGGGAGAAGGCUGUCACCAAGAGCGUCCUGAUGGGACUUUACAUCAGUCUUCUGACCUGCGUUCUCAUCACAAUUGUCCUUCCUGCAACUGCAGUUGACCACACUGAUGCCAUAUUCAUAUUCGGCACCUUAAAUCGAAGCAAUGGCUGGUCUUCUGAUGGCAUGGCAUUUAUUAUGGGCUUGAUCAACGCUAACUUCUCAUUUGCGGUGCUUGAUAGUGCGGCACAUCUCGCAGAGGAAACACCAAAUCCUGAACGAAACGUGCCUAAGGCGAUCAUGGCGACAGUCAUUGUAGGAUUUUUGACUGCGUUUCCGUUUGCGUGUGUCUUGAUGUACUGCCUAACCGACUUUGAGAGUGUUGUCAACACCCCGACAAAUGUUCCCAUUCUUCAGCUUUUCUACGUUGCGUUUGGGAACCGCCAGCCAGCGGCAUUAGCAACCAUGGCUACUGCUUUCAAUAGUCUGGUGACUGGCGUCAUUGUAUUCCCAUAUCUGACCUAUCUGGCCCCAAUGAUCUGCUCAAUUUGGAGAGGCGAAAAUCAAGCACGUGGACCGUUCCACCUCGGAAUUAUAGGCGUCAUUUCCAAAAUGGUAACGGUGGUCUUCUGUAUUUUCACGAUCAUCAUGUAUUCGUUCCCAUAUGUGAUGCCCGUCACCCCAUCAAGCAUGAAUUAUGUCACAGUGAUCUAUGGCAUAGCUCUAGUAUAUGGAUUGGUUGAUUGGUUCUCGCGAGCGCGAUACCAGUUUGAAGUUCACGAGAAUGAGCCUCAGUCGAACGAGCUAUGUGAAACCUCGAGUUAG